AGAGUUUGGUGCCAGUUUAUUAUUAAAUAUUAAAAGUAUAAAAAUCAUAAUAAAAAUAAACCUUUUAACAUGGGUAAAAUAAAUAAAAAACUACCCAUUAAAACGCUCACAAACAAAAACAAAUUUACAAAAUCAAUUAAAGAAACUAAUAAUGCUAAAGAUUCAGCUGCAGGUAUUGGAAAUGAUACAGGAAGCAAACCUUCGACCAUUAUCACAAAAAAUCUUGAUACUAAUAAAAAAGAUUUAGUAAAACCUAAAGAAAAAUCAAAAAUACUUUUUCAAAAAACAAUUACACUACAAAAAUCAAAAACUAAAAAAGAAAAAAUGAAAAUAAAGAAGAAAGCUUUAAUGGAAAAAAUAGAUUGGAUUAAGGAACAAGAAUUAGAAAAUGCAAAGAAAAAGAAAAGGGAGAAAAGGAAAAUAAUUGGAGAUUUAAAUCCAUUAAAAGAUGCUUUACCAUCAUUAGAUGAAUUACGUAAAUUAAAACCAGAUGAAAUUAAAACUGGAAUAAAAGAAUUUGACAAUAAGGAUAAGCGGAAAAAUAAAAAACCAAAGAAUAAAAUAGAAAGAUCAAAAGAAAGGAAAAAAGAAUUUCUGGACAGAUACAAAUGCUUGAAUUCAAUAUUAAAAGAUAAAAAAUUUAGAGAAAAUCCUCGUGCAACUAUUGCAGAACAUAUAAAAUUUAUUGUUAGUAAUCAAGAAAAAUGAUUUUUUUUAUUUUUCAUUUGCUUACAUAAAUUUUAUUUUUAGAGAAUUCUUAAUUAAUAAAUAUAUUUAAAUAUAAUGAUAUAAUUGAUAAUUGGAAAAACAGUUUCUAGUUUUUUUUUAGUUAAAGAAAAUUUUUGCAAGUAGUUAAAUAACCAAUUUAUAAGGGUUACACCUCUUUAAGCUAUUUUGUCCUUCCACAGAAGCUGCGGUUUAGAAAUUCCAGUUCUAACAUAAAACUUUCAGUGCAUAAACGAAAACCCUCUAUUUUUGCUACGAUGCUUCUCUUAUACAAAAGAUUUAUCGAACACGCUUUAUAAGUAAAAUCUAAAUUGUAGUAAUAAAUAUAUAAUAAGAUUUAAACAAUAAGUGGCGAAUGGCUGCUGUGGCCUUGGGGGGGAUCCUUCCGCCUUAAAAUCUCGGUUCCCUUAAAAUCUAUAAAUUACAAGAUUUUAAUUAGAACUAAAUUUUCGAAAGUUUCCUUACUUUUAAACAAUAAUAUUCGUUCAAUCCUUCAAAGAGUGUACAAACAAAAUAUUAAC